AUGGAGGCCGAUCCGAGCUUAGUUUCUUAUGCAGACCAACAUGGUGAAUGGGAAACUCGUGAAAUUUCAAUCUUUGGUGUUGUAAAAAGUUUUAUUUCUCAAUUAUCAAUUGGUCAAGAGUUGACAAAAGUUAGUAUGCCAUCAAUUUUUUUAAUGCCAUAUUCAAUUUUAGAGUUAGCAGCAUCAAGACAUCUUAAAUAUAUACACCUUUUAAUUUCAGCCCAACACGAAGAAGAUCCAUUAAAAAGAAUGGCAAUUAUUAUUCAAUACUUUUUUUCUUGUGUUAGAGAUGGAAAUUUCCAAAAAAAACCAUAUAAUGCAUUAUUAGGAGAAGUUCAUAAAUGUUUUGUCAAAUAUCCAUCAUAUGAUGGUCAAUCAACAUCUACUGCACAAUUUAUAGGUGAACAAGUUACACAUCAUCCACCAUUAACAGCAUUCAAUAUUACUACUUCAGAAGGAAUUACUUUAGAUUGUAAUGUACAAUUUUCAGCUAAAUUCCAUAUGAACUCAGUAUCAGUUGUUACAACUGGUGCAGUUAAAAUUUGUAUUCCAGUUAAAGUUGGUAAUCAAAUCAUUAAAGAAACAUAUAUCAUUGAUAAAGGUUUACCAGAUGCUUUGGUAAAGAAUGUAAUUUUUGGUACUAGAUCAAUUUAUUGGACUGAUUCUGUUGAUAUAAUGUGUGAAGAUUCAAAAACUUCUGCAACUGUUCAUUUCGAUAAGAAUGAAUAUGUUAAAGGUGAAGUUUCAGUUUAUAAUACAGAAUUAGAAGUUGAAGAGCAUAGAGCAUCUUUAAAGGGAUAUAUUAGUGAUGUUGUCAAUAUCGAUUAUUUAGAAUCAAAAUCAUCUGAAGCUGCACCAGCAUCUUCUGCAAGUAAAAAAGAAAAGAAGAAAGAAAAGAAGAAAGCAAAACAUUCAAAACAUACAUGUAGUCCAUCUGAUACCAUUUUAAUGGAUACUAAACAAUUAGAACCAAAUUCAACUUUAUAUCCAAAACAAACUGAUCCAAUUACUUCAUUAGGUACUUGGAAAGAAGUUACAAAACAAAUUGUUGCAGGUGAUAUGCAAGCAGCAGAUCAAAUUAAAAAAGAAAUUGAAGAUGAACAAAGAAAGAGAUUACAAAUUACCAAAGAGGAAGAAAAGAAAGAAAGAGCUUACUUUAAAUAUAAUGAUGAUAAAGAGAUUUGGGAAUUUAAAUCAACACAAACAUUAGCUCCAGUUUCAAAUUCAACAAGUAGUACUGCUUCUGAUGCUGCAAGUGGUAGUAAUUAA